CGACCGAAGGGGGGAAAAAAACUGUUGACUUGUCGAUUACUCUGUUCAAGAUAAAGUCGUUAUCAGCAGGGCGGCCGUGCGCUGCGCGCCCGAACAGCUCAGGUCACAAGACGCAACAUGAGGGAGAUCGUGCAUCUGCAGGCCGGGCAAUGCGGCAACCAAAUCGGCUCCAAGUUUUGGGAGAUAAUAUCGGACGAACAUGGAAUCGACGCAAAUGGCUUGUACAUUGGCGACAGUGAUCUCCAGUUAGAGAGGAUAGAAGUAUACUACAAUGAGGCAGCAAAGAAGAAGUACGUUCCGAGGGCCAUCCUAGUGGACCUGGAGCCUGGCACGAUGGACGCGGUGCGCUCGGGACCUUUCGGCUCGCUCUUCCGGCCCGACAACUUCGUCUUCGGACAAAAUGGUGCCGGCAACAACUGGGCCAAGGGCCACUACACGGAGGGCGCGGAGCUGGUGGACGCCGUGCUGGACGUGGUGCGCAAGGAGGCGGAGGGCUGCGACUGCCUGCAGGGCUUCCAGCUGACGCACUCCCUGGGCGGCGGCACGGGCUCCGGCAUGGGCACGCUGCUCAUCUCCAAGAUCCGCGAGGAGUACCCGGACCGCAUCAUGGGCACCUUCAGCGUCGUGCCUUCGCCCAAGGUGUCGGACGCCGUCGUGGAGCCGUACAACGCCACGCUGUCCGUGCACCAGCUGGUGGAGAACACGGACGAGACCUUCUGCAUCGACAACGAGGCGCUCUACGACAUCUGCUUCCGCACGCUGAAGCUCGCCUCGCCCCACUACAGCGACCUCAACCACCUGGUGUCGCUCACCAUGUCCGGCGUGACGACGUGCCUGCGCUUCCCGGGCCAGCUGAACGCCGACCUGCGCAAGCUGGCCGUCAACAUGGUGCCCUUCCCGCGGCUGCACUUCUUCAUGCCGGGCUUCGCGCCGCUGACGGCGCGCCGCAGCCAGCAGUACAUGGCGCUGUCCGUGCCCGAGCUCGCCCAGCAGAUGUUCGACUCGAAGAACAUGAUGACCGCCUGCGACCCCAGGCACGGACGCUAUCUCACGGCCUCGGCCAUGUUCAGGGGCAAGAUGUCCAUGAAAGAGGUGGAUGAGCAGAUGCUGAAUGUCCAGAACAAGAAUUCCAGCUACUUCGUGGAGUGGAUCCCGAACAACGUGACGGUGGCGGUGUGCGACAUCCCCCCGCGCGGGCUGCGCAUGUCGGCCACCUUCGUGGGCAACACCACGGCCAUCCAGGAGAUCUUCAAGCGCAUCUCGGAGCAGUUCACGGCCAUGUUCCGGCGCAAGGCCUUCCUGCACUGGUACACCGGCGAGGGCAUGGACGAGAUGGAGUUCACCGAGGCCGAGUCCAACAUGAACGACUUGGUGUCCGAGUACCAGCAGUAUCAGGAAGCCACUGCUGAUGACGAUGCUGACUUUGACAACGAAGAAGAAUCCAUGGUUGAAGAAACAGAGUAAAUGUUAGAACAUAACUUGUAUUUGUAUUUGUUUUUUUAGUAAUUACAUUUUUUUCACUCUUUGA